AUGUUGCUCAUACUGUCAUUCCUUGCAUUCUUACCGACGAUGGUCAUUACUUGUAAAGGAUCAUCUGGAUGUUGUCAAUCAUCCUCUCAUCGUCCCCCACCACCUGUAGGUGGUGUUUGCAUGCCAAGCGCUUGUCAGCCAGGCUACCAAUGCGGACAAUAUGGAUGCGCUAGAAGGCGCAUUUUGGCAGGUUUAACCAAACGAAUUGAUGGUGUCAUUGUCAAUGAUGAUGAUGAACAGGCCAAUACUCCUGAUAUGGUAGACUCAGAACUGAUCACCGAUGUGUCACGUUUGAAUUUGAACCCUGCUCGGCUUACAAAUCCCAACUUCAUCUUCAGAACAUGUUGUGAAUCUCGUGGACUACCGGAUUCAUGCCUCAAGCAUUGUCAUUUCAAUACAUAUAAUUCUCAAACUCUCGAAUCUAUGUUCCGAAAUCAGGAUUCCUGUCCCGUUGAUGCUGUCAAUGAAAUUCACUACUGUGCAGCUCAAGGAAUAGAUCAUCGCGAGUGUUGUUCCAUAAGAGGUGUGGGAGCAACGAUUGCUGGUCAAAAGUGUCUGACAUUCUGUGAUCAACGUCCAAAUAGAUUUACACCCAUUGAUGCUAGCUAUUUGCCAUGUUUUGAUGUUUUUGAGCAAAUGAAACGAUGUUUCUACGAUGAGAUCAAACAUCGAGCAGAAGCAAAGUUCGGACGCAAUACAUCGUCUGCUAAAGAUGGAGAUUUUUGA